AUGGGGGUCGUUGCUAUCGGACAAGAUGUGACGGAGAGGAAUACUAAGGAGUUGGAGUACAAGAAGCUCAUCGAGACGGCCAACGCACCGAUCUUUGGCGUGGAUACGGAAGGCCGCGUGGUGAUUUUCAACGCUAAGGCAGCACAGAUCAGUGAAUACGCGCCCGACGAGGUUAUGGGCGUGGAUCUGGUCGAUACGCUCAUCUCGGAAGAUUUCCGGUCAGAAGUGGCUGCUGUAUUCCAGAGAGCAUUUCAGGGAAUUGAGACCGCAAACUUUGAGUUCCCGUUGGUCACGAAGACUGGUCGAAAAGUGGAGCUUCUGCUGAACGCCACUCCGCGCUACGACCACACUGGCAAGUUAGUAGGUGUGGUCGGAAUAGGACAGGACAUCACGGAUCGUAUUAUCCAGGAGAAGGAGUACAGCCGGCUGAUUGAUACUGCCAAUGCCCCGAUCUUUGGUGUCGAUUGCAACUACGAGGUGAUUAUAUGGAACAAGAAGGCAGCUGCUAUCACCGAGUACACGAACGAAGACACAAUUGGCCAGGAACUGUUCAAGUUCAUUUCGGAAGACUACCGAGAUGCUGUUGCUAAGGUUUUCUCGAAAGCUCUGGAAGGAAAAGGCACGGCAAACUUCGAUUUCCCGCUGAUCACGAAAAGCGGACGGCGACUGGAUAUUCUGUUGAAUGCGACUCCGAAGUAUGAUCACUUUGGUAAUAUUUGUGGGGCAGUGGGAAUCGGCCAGGAUAUCACUGAUAGACGUGCUCAAGAGCAUGAGUAUACGCGUCUCAUUGACACGGCCAAUGCUCCAAUUUUCGGAGUAGAUGCGAACGGUUGUGUGAACAUCUGGAACAAGAAAGCUGCCGACACGACCCAGUAUCCGAAUGAAGAAGUACUCGGGGCGAACUUAGUCGAGAAUUUUAUUCCAGAAGACUUCAAAGACGCAGUGUGGGCCGACGGUCGUCGUGUGGAGAUUUUGCUGAACGCCACUCCACGGUAUAACGAGAAGGGCGUGGUGAUUGGCGUUGUUGGUAUCGGUCAGGAUAUUACGAUUCGCAUGGCCCAGGAGAAGGAGACUAACCGACUUAUACACUCGGCAAAUGCUCCGAUCUUCGGUGUUGACCGGGACGGCCUCGUAAAUAUCUGGAAUCUCAAAGCCGCAGAAAUCACGCAAUACUCCGCCGAAGAGGUCAUGGGCAAGGAUCUUAUCAACCGCUUUGUCGCAGAAGAACACCGAGCAACAGUUAAAUUGGAGCUCCAACGAGCGUUUGAAGGUGAACAGACAAACAACUUUGACUUUCCGCUUAUCACGAAGACUGGGCGUCGAGUCGAGAUCUUGCUGAAUGCGACUCCCAGAUCCGAUGAGCUUGGACAGAUUUUUGGUGUUGUGGGCAUUGGACAGGAUAUUACUGAACGGAUUGCGCAGGAGCAGGAGCUCAUCCGUUUGAUUGAUACUGCUAACGCCCCGAUUUUUGGAGUCGACUCCGAAGGGCGUGUAAACAUCUGGAACAAAAAGGCUGCGGAGAUUAUGCAGUAUCCUGCUGAUGCGGUCAUGGGCGAGCAUCUCGUCGAAAAGUUUAUUACGUAUGACUAUCAGGAGGCUGUGAGUUACGUGCUAUCCGAAGCGCUGAAUGGCGUCGAAACUGCGAAUUUUGAGUUCCCGUUGAUCACGAAGACAGGCCGUCGUAUUGAGAUCUUGCUGAAUGCAACGCCACGGUACAAUGAACACGGAGCUGUGAUUGGUAUGGUUGGCAUUGGCCAAGAUAUCACGGAUCGUAUUGCACAAGAGCAAGAGUACAUGAGGCUGAUCGAUACGGCCAACGCCCCGAUAUUUGGAGUGGAUUCUGAUGGCCGAGUCAAUAUUUGGAACCGGAAAGCAGCAAAUAUCACGCAGUAUACGGACGUGGAUGUGCUAGGCAAGGAUCUUGUUGCGGAGUUCAUUUCGGAAGAGUACAAGGUUCCUGUUCGCAGCGUGUUAGAGAAGGCUUUUGAAGGCGUGGAGACUGCGAACUUCGAGUUUCCGUUGAUUACGAAGUCGGGCCGGCGAGUGGAGAUCCUGUUGAACGCUACCCCGCGCUACAAUGAGCAUGGCGAAGUGAUGGGUAUGGUUGGGAUUGGCCAGGAUAUCACGGAUCGUAUUGCGCAAGAGAAAGAGUACAUGCGACUCAUCGACACAGCGAAUGCUCCAAUCUUCGGCGUGGACUCGAACGGACUAGUGAACAUCUGGAAUCGGAAGGCUGCAGACAUCAUGCAGUACACUACGGAAGAUGUGCUUGGUAAGGACCUAGUUGCCGAGUUCAUUUCGAAUGAGUACAAGGUACCUGUCCGCAGUGUACUGGAGAAGGCAUUUGAAGGUGUGGAGACUGCCAACUUCGAGUUUCCGUUGAUUACCAAGGCAGGACGACGCGUUGAGAUCCUGCUGAACGCCACUCCACGCUACAAUGAGCAAGGCAAAGUGAUGGGCAUGGUGGGCAUUGGUCAGGAUAUCACCGAUCGUAUUGCGCAGGAGCAAGAGUACAGCCGCUUGAUCGAUACAGCAAAUGCCCCGAUCUUCGGCAUCGACGCGAAUAUGUGCGUGAAUAUUCUGAACAAGAAAGCUGCUCAAAUCACGAAUUAUGCCGUCGAAGAAGUGCGGGGAGAAAAGUACGUGGAAACGUUCAUCGCUCCUGAGUAUCAAGCUAUCGUUUAUGACAUCAUGUCGAAAGCGUUGCAUGGAGAUGAGACGGCAAGUUUCGAGGUGCCAGUGAUAACGAAAACCGGGCGAAAACUGAAUAUUCUGCUGAACGCUACAGCUCGUUUCGACCAGCAUGGGCAUAUCGUCGGCGUCGUGGGUAUCGGCCAAGACAUUACUGAUCGCAUCGCGCAAGAAGAGGAAUAUGCGCGACUGAUUGACUCUGCAAAUGCGCCAAUCUUUGGUGUCGAUGCGAACGGGCUUGUGAAUAUCUGGAACAAGAAAGCAGCGGAGAUCACACAGUACACGCCGACGGACGUGAUGGGUGAGAAUCUGGUGGAGAAGUUUAUCACGGAGGAUUACCGCGAAGCAGUAGGACUCGUGCUGUCGAAGGCACUGGAAGGCGUCGAGACGGCGAAUUUCGAAUUCCCUCUGGUCACCAAGUCUGGCCGGCGAGUGGAAAUCUUGUUGAACGCUACACCAAGGAACAACGAUCACGGAGAAGUGAUCGGAAUGGUUGGUAUUGGUCAGGAUAUUACAGAUCGGAUUGCACAGGAGAAGGAGUACAUGCGUCUCAUUGAUACAGCGAACGCUCCCAUUUUCGGCGUUGAUUCGAACGGUCUGGUGAACAUCUGGAAUAGAAGGGCUGCUGAUAUUAUGCAAUACACGACUGAAGACGUGCUCGGAGAAGAUCUUGUGGCCAAGUUUAUCUCAAAGGAGUACCGCGUGGCUGUUCGAUGUGUUCUGGAGAAGGCGUUUGAAGGCGUGGAGACCGCGAACUUCGAGUUCCCGCUCAUUACGAAGGCUGGUCGACGUGUGGAAAUCCUGUUGAAUGCUACGCCUCGGUACAACGAGCAAGGCCAAGUGAUGGGAAUGGUCGGAAUUGGCCAGGAUAUUACGGAUCGUAUUGCGCAGGAGCAAGAGUACAGCCGUUUGAUCGAUACGGCGAAUGCCCCGAUUUUCGGCAUCGACGCAAAUAUGUGCGUGAAUAUUCUGAACAACAAGGCAGCGCAGAUCACGAAUUAUGCCGUCGAAGAAGUGCUGGGAGAGAAGUACGUGGAAACGUUUAUCGCUCCCAAGUAUCAGGCAAUUGUGUACGAGAUCAUGUCGAAUGCUUUGCAAGGAAACGAAACUGCGAGCUUUGAAGUGCCAGUGAUCACUAAGACCGGGCGAAAGCUGAACAUUUUACUGAAUGCAACUGCUCGCUUCGAUCAUCACGGACGCAUUGUUGGUGUCGUGGGUAUCGGCCAGGACAUUACCGACCGUAUCGCUCAAGAACAAGAGUAUGCGAGGCUGAUUGACUCAGCAAAUGCUCCGAUUUUCGGUGUCGAUGGCGAUGGCCGAGUAAAUAUUUGGAACGAGAAGGCGGCUGAAAUUACGCAGCACUCGCCAACUGAUGUGAUGGGCGAGAAUUUGGUGGAGAAGUUCAUCACGGAAGAUUACCGUGAGGCUGUUGGUCUCGUUCUAACGAAGGCGCUGGAAGGGGUUGAAACAGCUAACUUUGAGUUCCCAUUGAUGACAAAGGCAGGACGACGAGUAGAGAUUUUGCUGAAUGCUACCUCGAGGUUUAAUGAGCAUGGAGAAGUGAUUGGUAUGGUUGGAAUCGGCCAGGACAUUACUGACCGCAUCGCUCAGGAACAGGAGUACAGCCGGCUUAUCGAUACUGCAAAUGCCCCGAUCUUUGGUGUAGACUCCAGUGGCCGUGUGAAUAUCUGGAACCGGAAGGCAGCCGACAUUAUGCAGUACACGAAUGAGGAUGUGCUGGGCAAGGACUUAGUUGCGGAGUUUAUCUCGGAGGAGUACAAGGUGCCUGUGCGCAGUGUCCUUGAGAAGGCGUUCGAAGGGUUUGAGACUGCAAAUUUUGAGUUCCCGUUGAUUACGAAGGCUGGUCGGCGUGUGGAGAUUUUGCUGAACGCGACACCGCGUUAUAACGAGCACGGUGAAGUGAAGGGUAUGGUUGGUAUCGGCCAGGACAUUACAGAGCGUAUUGCGCAGGAACAGGAGUACAGCCGUUUGAUCGAUACGGCUAACGCUCCCAUCUUUGGUGUGGAUGCCAACAUGUGCGUCAAUAUCUGGAACAGGAAGGCCGCUCACAUUACGAAUUAUGCCAUCGAUGAAGUCAUGGGCGAGAACCUUGUGGAGACGUUUAUUUCGCCCGAGUUUCGACCGAUUGUGGCUGAAGUUCUCUCACAAGCGCUGAGAGGUGUUGAGACCGCGAACUUUGAGUUCCCAUUGAUUACUCGUCCAGGCACAAGAAUCGAGAUCUUGCUGAAUGCAACACCACGGUACGACUCAAACGGCAGUAUCGUCGGCGUUGUCGGUAUCGGCCAAGAUAUCACGGAUCGUAUCGCCCAAGAGCACGAGUACUUCCGACUUAUUGAUACGGCUAAUGCGCCUAUCUUUGGUAUCGAUACAAAUGGCUGCAUCAACGAAUGGAACCAGAAGAUUGAGGAGAUCACAGGCUAUCACAAGUCGAGUGUACUGGGUUUGUCGUUAGUGCACACGUUUAUCAUCCCGGAAAGCAGACAGCAGGUUCGGCAAUUGUUGAACCAAGCACUGAUUGGCAUUGAUGUUGGUGAGAUGGAGCUUCCGAUGACAACAAAGCGCGGUGUGUUCUUACUGCUCCUUGUGAAUGCCUCGAGUAAGAAAGAUAUGCAUGGGAACAUCCGAGGCGUGAUCGGUGUUGGACAAGACUACACUGCGAGGAAGCACAUGGAAGCUGCCAAGGUGAAUUUCCUGGCUUCAUUCAGUCACGAGUUGCGGACACCGUUGAAUGGUGUGCUGGGUAUGUUGGAACUUCUGAAGGAGCAGCCUUUGGACAAGGCACCGGAGAGAUAUGUGCACAUGGCGUACGUGUCAGGAUCGCUUCUUCUGAAUUUGAUUAACGAUAUUUUGGACUUGUCGAAGAUUGAGGCAGGACACCUUGAGAUAUCAGCUGCACCGUUCCAGAUGCACGAACUACUGGAUUAUUCGAUUGAGAUCUUCAAGUUUAAGGCCCGAGAACGUGGACUGAAACUCGAGCUUAAGUGUGACGAAAACGUACCGAAGGUUGCCAUCGGUGAUGUGGUGCGUCUACGUCAAGUACUCUUGAAUUUGUUGUCUAACGCGAUCAAGUUCACGAAUGAAGGCUCCAUCACAGUCACCUGUAGUGUUGUAUACACGCCGGAACUCCCGAAAGCAUUCAAGAAACUCUUGUUCCAAGUCAUUGAUACAGGAAUCGGUAUGGAUGCAGAGGAGAAAAUGCGUCUCUUUUCUCUGUUUACGAAGCUGGAACGGACUCGUCAGAAUAAUCCAACGGGUUCUGGACUGGGU